UGCAGAGUGUGGGUCUCUUUGGGCGCCUUCCAGGAGGCGGAGUGUUUGUCUGCUCGACAAUCUCUCUCUCUCUCUCUCUCUUUUUCCCUCCUGGUGGUGAUCAUAAGGAUGAGAAGGGAGGGCUGUGUGUCUGGAUCGCCCUCCUUCUUCUCCCCCUUUUCCUCCCGAAAGUAGGGCAUUUCCUGGUGUGUGUGUGCCUCUCAUCCUCACCAUCACUAUCACUACUACUACCAUCCUAAACCCCUUUGCGCUUGGGUUGCUGAGCGAUGUGAGUUUUCCUCCUCCUCCUUCCCAGCCUCUUCUUCUCGUUGUUUUCCCCUCCUCCUCCUCCUUUGCUGGAGCCGCCCCGCUCUCCCUUCCCUUCUUUUCCUUCCUUCCCUCCCUCUCUCUCUCUGUCUCUCUCUCUCUCUUUCCUUCCCAGCCCCGCCAUGCCGGACCAGAUCUCCGUGUCGGAAUUCGUCUCCGAGACCAAUGAGGAUUACAAGGCGCCCACUGCCUCCAACUUCACCACCCGGAUGGCGCAGUGCCGGAACACCGUCGCCGCCAUCGAGGAGGCACUGGAUGUUGACCGAACAGUCCUUUAUAAAAUGAAGAAAUCCGUAAAAGCAAUAAAUAUUUCUGGUUUAGCUCAUGUGGAAAAUGAAGAACAAUACACUCAAGCUUUGGAGAAAUUUGGAGGAAACUGCGUCUGUAGGGAUGAUCCCGAUUUAGGAACCGCGUUUUUAAAAUUUUCUGUAUUUACAAAGGAGUUGACGGCACUCUUCAAAAACUUGAUCCAGAACAUGAACAAUAUAAUUACUUUCCCACUGGACAGCUUACUGAAGGGGGAUCUAAAAGGUGUAAAAGGGGAUCUGAAGAAACCUUUUGAUAAAGCAUGGAAGGACUAUGAAACAAAAGUGACAAAAAUAGAGAAAGAGAAAAAAGAACAUGCAAAAUUACACGGAAUGAUCCGGACAGAAAUAAGUGGGGCUGAAAUAGCUGAAGAGAUGGAAAAAGAGCGGAGGUUCUUUCAGCUACAAAUGUGCGAGUACCUGUUAAAAGUGAAUGAAAUCAAGAUUAAAAAGGGAGUUGACUUGCUUCAAAACCUGAUCAAGUAUUUCCACGCACAAUGCAACUUCUUUCAGGAUGGUCUGAAAGCAGUUGAAAGCCUCAAACCUUCAAUAGAGAAGCUCUCUACAGACCUACACACAAUAAAGCAAGUGCAGGACGAAGAAAGAAAGCAAUUAAUUCAACUUAGGGAUAUUUUAAAAUCUGCUCUUCAGGUUGAUCAGAAAGAGUCUAGGAGAGAUUCUCAGCUCCGCCAGAGUACAACCUAUAGUUUACAUCAACCUCAGGGAAAUAAGGAGCAUGGCACUGAAAGAGAUGGCAGCCUCUAUAAGAAAAGCGAUGGGAUCAGAAAAGUGUGGCAGAAGAGGAAGUGCACCGUUAAAAAUGGUUUCCUUACAAUUUCCCAUGGUACAGCAAACCGACCACCUGCAAAGCUUAAUCUGUUAACUUGCCAAGUGAAAACAAACCCAGAAGAGAAAAAAUGUUUUGACCUCAUAUCACAUGACCGAACGUAUCAUUUUCAAGCAGAAGAUGAACAGGACUGCCAGAUCUGGAUAUCAGUGCUACAGAACAGUAAAGAGGAAGCUUUAAAUAAUGCAUUCAAAGGGGAUGACAACACAGGAGAAAACAAUAUUGUCCAAGAAUUGACCAAAGAAAUAAUAUCUGAUGUUCAGAGGAUGCCUGGAAAUGACACGUGUUGUGAUUGUGGCGCACAAGAUCCUACAUGGCUGUCAACCAAUCUGGGAAUUUUAACUUGCAUCGAAUGUUCGGGAAUCCAUCGAGAACUUGGUGUUCACUAUUCCAGAAUGCAAUCACUCACUUUGGAUGUGCUGGGAACAUCCGAAUUGCUGCUUGCCAAGAAUAUUGGAAAUGCAGGAUUCAACGAGAUUAUGGAGUUUUGUUUACCUGUAGAUGAAGUAGUCAAACCCAAUCCAAGCAGUGACAUGAAUGCAAGAAAAGAUUACAUUAAUGCCAAAUAUAUUGAAAAGAAAUACGCACGGAAAAAGUAUCCUGACAAUGCAGCUAAGCUACAAAGCCUGUGCGACGCAGUCAGAACAAGAGACAUUUUUGGACUGGUUCAAGUGUAUGCAGAAGGUGUGGAUUUAACAGAGAAAAUCCCACUAGCAAACGGGCAUGAACAAGAUGAAACUGCACUUCAUCUUGCUGUGAGGUCAGUGGAUCGGACUUCGCUUCACAUAGUUGACUUCUUGGUGCAGAAUAGUGGCAACCUUGAUAAGCAGACGUGUAAAGGCAGCACAGCUUUGCAUUAUUGCUGCUUGACAGAUAAUGUCGAAUGCCUCAAACUGCUUCUGAGAGGGAAGGCUUCCAUCGAAAUAGCCAAUGAAGCUGGAGAGACGCCGAUGGAUAUCGCGAAACGCCUAAAACAUACACGCUGUGAAGAAUUGCUCACCCAGGCCUUGGCUGGAAGGCUCAAUUCCCAUGUCCACGUAGAAUAUGAAUGGCGAUUACUUCAUGAAGAUCUGGAUGAAAGUGAUGACGAUGUAGACGAAAAGUUGCAGCAACCAAGCCCCAAUCGAAGGGAGGACAGGCCUGUGAGUUUUUAUCAGCUAGGAUCCAGUCAGCUCCAGCCUAACGUGGCAUCCUUGGCAAGGGAUGCUGCCAAUAUAGCCAAGGACAAGCAACGAGGCUUUAUGCCAAGCCUGUUACAGAACGAGACCUAUGGAGCCAUACUCAGCAGCAGCCCACCUCCCACCCAGCCUGCAGCACCAGUGACAAAUGCACCUCCGUUACCCCCCAGGAAUAUCGGAAAAGUUCAGUCUUCAUUUCUUGGCAGUGCUGUUCAGACAACUCCUUCAUCGAACACACUGUGGAAGACAAAUUCUUUAGGAAUGGAAAGCAUAAGCAGGCAAAGGUCUUCAUCUGAUCCACCAACUGUCCAUCCCCCUGUUCCACCAUUGCGUGUAACAUCUACAAAUAUACUCUCUUCAGCCCCACCUCCAGUUGGAAAGGCAUCCAGCAUCCUUGAAGCUUUGAACCAGCAGCCGAAACAGCCAGCUGUGCCACAGUCGAAACCUACGCCGCCACCACUUCCUCCACAACCUCCAAGUAGAAUUUCUCAGAAGAAGCCUGUGCCUGGGACCGACAAAUCAUCCACUUUAACUAACAAGAACAAGGGCCCUGGGUCUCUGCAGCAAUCCAGCGGGGAAUCUUCAUCAGCAUCUGAAAUUGCCGGAUCACAAAUUGGCCCUUCUGCAAACUUGUCAGGAGCCGUCCAACCUCCAGCUCCAAUGCCAAGAAAGUCUCAGAUAUCAAAAACAAAACCCAAGAGAGUAAAAGCAAUUUAUAACUGUGUGGCAGAUAAUCCAGAUGAACUAACCUUUUCAGAGGGUGAUAUCAUCAUAGUUGAUGGCGAGGAAGAUCAGGAGUGGUGGAUUGGACAUAUUGAUGGCGAUCCCACCCGGAAAGGCGCUUUUCCUGUAUCGUUUGUGCACUUUAUUGUUGAUUGAAUAGACGGAGAGACAUUCCAUUUCUAGAUUUCACGGUGGCUCCCUGCCUCGUAUUCAGAUGUUUCACCAGGAUAUUUUAUGACCUAUACACCAACAUUAUGGACAUCCUCAUGAUGUAACUUAAGAUUUUUUUUAUUAUUAUUUACACAAGGGAGGGUUUA